UAGAUGAGAAAGAGGAGAGGGCCAAGUAUGCUGCCCUGUGGAACACCAAUGUUUAUGGGUAGUGUAAGAGAAAUGAAAUUAUGCACAGAAACAUAUUGGCGUCUGUCAGUAAGAUACAGUACUUUGAAAGCACAAUGAGGAUCAAUUGUGAGGUUCUAGUAAGCAAUAGGAAAUUACCCUCUCUCAACCUAAGCAAUAAAAGAGGUGGCACAAGAUCAUCACUUGGGAUUGGUCGUCCUCCAGGAUCUAAGUCAGAUGUGUCAAGCCUCUUUAUUCACUUAUGUACAGCUCAAAACAAGCAAGGCACAAAAUAUAAGAUUGUUGGAAAUAUUGAGGCAGUAUUUACAAAAUGUGUCGGUGAAGGAAAAUUUACAAUUCGCUUCAAGGACCCAGCACAUGAUCUCUGCAUUAAAGCUGAUCCUGUUUUGGCUAAAAGCUUUCUACAUACAUUAAAGCUGGGACUCCAGAAUAAAGACAUUGACAAGCUUCAUCUUUCCAAUCUUGCUCCAGUAAAGCAAAGCCAAGUUGAAAAACCGAAGACAAAACUGAUCAUUGAAAGUAAACAAGAUUAUCCAAUUACAACAGCUUUCCCAUAUUCUCUGGAGCUACUCAAGAUUUGUGAUGUUCAGCUAAACCGAGUUGAGAACCGUAUAAUAAAACUGAAAAGAUUACACAGUUUAGACCUGAGUCACAAUCUAAUUAAGGAGUUGCCAACAAAAAUGAAUGAAAUGCACUGUCUUUCAACGCUUCAAUUGUCUUUUAACAACAUUACACAUAUCAAUCAUCAGCUCUUCAGUGGGAGACUCUCCCACACACUCCAUUUUCUGGAUCUGUCAAACAAUAAGAUUGAAUACCUUCCACACACUUUGGGGCAGUUGCAUAGUCUUGUCAGCUUGAGACUUGAUGGGAAUAUUUUAUGCAAACUUCCUGUCUCCUUAGGCAAGCUCACCAGACUCAGAUACCUCACUGCUGGCAACAAUAAGCUGGUUGAACUACCAGCUUCAAUCAGACACCUUAAACUGGAUUCUAUGGAUGUGUUUGGCAAUCCAUUCUCCAGCCCUCUUGGUCUAGUCAGAGACAACAUUACAGGAGUCCCAUGUUUGAAAGAAAUCUCAUCUGCAUACUGUGUUACAAGAGGAUUACGCCCCACUGCUGCAGAGAUUCCAGCAACUUUAGUGGAAUACCUUCAAGCUUGGGUGAAAUGCCUCUGUGGCAAGAUUUGUUAUGAAUCACACAUUCUUGCAUGCAUAUCUCUUAACCUUAAGCUGAUAGCCUCUGGACUUAUCAUAGGCAAUGUUUACCAAACGUCAGCCCCUGCUAUUGCAACUCUGUGCUCUAAAAAAUGUUUUGACAAGUUUUCUAAAACAUGUUCCUAAUAAUAGUACAGUUUCCCAAGUUUUGUUGCAAGACUAAGUUUUAAUUUGCGCAUGUUAGGUUGAAUGGAGGAAUGACAAGUGAAAAUAAUUUUAACUUUUUAUUUUGUAUGAAUAUACCAUACUGUAUAAGGUACUGUACCAUACCUUAGCAGAUCUAAAAUAAGAACCAAUCAAUUGUAAUAAUUUGUAAGGCACAAAUAAUUAAGUACAAAUAAUAAAAGUGUUAAUGAUAAAGUAAAAUAAAUAAUUUUCAAAGA